AUGACCUUUAAAAUUAUUUAUUUAUAUUUAAUAAUAACUAUAAUAAUUCCUGUUGUUAUAAAUGAUAUUAUCAGUAAUCAUUGGAGUAAAAGGCAUAUAUGCUUAUACCAGUCAAUAGGGCAGAUAUUUUCACAAUGCCUUUAUUCUCAAAAACUUAAAGAUAAUAUUUCUUAUGAUUGUAAUAUUAAAAAUGAUAAACAAAUUAAUUGUCCAAAUAAUUUUUAUGGUAACAUUAAUAAUAAAGAUAUUUUUAAAUCAACAAAACAAUGUAGAGAUUUAUGCCAAAGUACCUGUCAAAAUAAUUGUUCAAGUAAUAGUAUAAUUAUAAAUAAAAAUGUAUGUUAUGUAUCCUGUAGUAGUAAAUGUUUUAAUAGCUGUACAAAAAUUAUAUUUUCAACACCAAUUACUACUACUACAACAACAACAACAACAACAACUACUACUACUACUACUACAUUAUCUCCUCCAACAAUUGAUGAAACAACAUUAUUUUUGAUACAUGUUCAAAAAAUAACUUGUGAGUCUGGAUGUACUUAUAAAUGUAAUGAUAAUUUAUUUUGUAAAAAUAAUUGUUUUCAUGAAUGUUUAUGUGAAAUGUCAUGUCAAAAAAGUUGUAAAAAAACAGAAUUAUUAGAAUUUACAGAUAUUUGUGUUCCUAAAUGUUAUAAUAACUGUUAUAAAAGUACAACAACUACCACAACUAUAACACCAACAACUACAAAACAAGAGAUUUCAUUAAUAUUGAAUACAAAUAUUUGCCAUAAUAAUUGUAUGUCUCAAUGUAUAUCAAUUACAAUUGGUUCAUAUUUAUAUUGUAAAAAUAAUUGUGAAGAUAUAUGUAAUCUUGAAAAAGAAAUUUAUAUUAAUAAAUCUAACUAUAAAAUUGUUAAAAUAAUUACAUGUAAUGAUCAAUGUUUUAAUCAAUGUCAAACAAUAAGUAAAAUUAAUAUCAAUGAAUGUAUAAAUAUUUGCCAAAUAGCAUGUGGUCUAAAAUUAAAAUUAAUAACAACAACAACAACAACAACUACUACUACUACUACUACUACUGCAAAAACAAUAACAACCACUUCUCCUUCAUUAUUAAUUUAUAUUUAUAAUUUUUGCAUGAAUAGAUGUCAAGAUAAUUGUUUAAAUACUUGCUUUACUUUAUCAAAAAAUAUUUGUACUCCAAAAUGUGAUAAUAUUUGUAAUAAUUCUUGUCAAAAACAAAAAAAUUAA